AUGCGAGAUUACGACGUGGAAGGCUCGGAGAGGUGCAAUCGAAAUGCUCUUGCCAAUUGGGCCUACGCCACUGACCUCACCGAGGCCAAUCGUCAAGCUAAUUUGGCGGAGAACCUGAUAGCUGCUCACUACAGGAAGGAAGCGUGGAAGAACGUGACCUCGUUCGACUGGGAAGAAUUUCACGACCCAGAAUUGAAGCGGCUCUUCAAGCUUCUGUCCAUCCUCGGCACGGCUGCCCUCCCGGACGACAAAUUCACACGGCUGGGGGAGCUGCAGACUCAGUUGAAGGAGAUUUACAGCAAAGCGACGAUCUGCGACUACAAUAACAAGUCCCGCUGCGACCUCACCCUGGAACCAGAUCUGAAGCGGAAGAUCGCAAGCGUUCGCGACGCCGACGAGUUACAAUGGAUCUGGGAACAAUGGAGGGAAGCCACGGGGAAAAAGAUGAGGGAGAUCUACAGGGAAGUAAUCGAUCUCAGUAACGAAGCUGCAAAGAUCAACGAAUUCACGGACAUGGGUGCUAUUUGGCGGCAUUCGUACGAGACGGAUUCGUUCGAGGAGGAAAUGGCGGAAAUGUGGGAGACGGUCCGGCCGUUGUACGAACAGCUUCACUCCUACGUCAGGCGGAAUCUACGUGAAAAGUACGGGGAGGACAAGGUCUCCGCCGAUGGACCCAUCCCCGCUCAUUUGUUCGGUAAGAGGCAGAAGUUCCCAUUCAAAACUGCUGUCUGUCUUUAA